CCGCAUGCAGCAAAUCGUGCGUUCACCGAGCAGACUUGACGUUGCACUGCAGGUCCAAGUUCCUAGCUAGCCAAGCCUGUACGCGCAUGGCCAAAGCUUGCGCUCGCCGUGGUAUGGUGCUUCUGGUGUGCGUCCUCCUGGUUCUCUCCUCCGCAUCUACGACGGCGGCCGACGCGGCUGGCCGGCAAAGGGGUCAUGGCAGAGAGGCCACGUCGCCGGCGCCGGCGACAAUGGCAAUGGCGAGAGGGCGUUUCGUCAGGAAGGUGCUGCGGGAGGAGAUGGUUCAGGCGGACAUUGGCCAGUCUAAGAGGACCAGCCCCGGCGGCCCAGACCCGCAGCAUCAUUAGUUGAUGUCGGUUCACGGCUGCGUGCAUGCAGUUUCUAUGCAACCAACUGUGUUCUUGUCUUGGCAGCGAAAGCGAAGAUUUUGUUUUUUCACAAGCAUAUGUAUACAGUGUAUGUCGUCGUUGAU